AUGAGCGCGAAAGCCAGACAGGCUCCCACAAGUUGGGACGUCUACGAGCGUGGUCGCGCAUCCUCCUUCGAUUCCCUCGAAUCUGUGCCUGAAAAUGAGCAGCAAAACACCCUCUCCUCGUCCACUCCUGCGGUACAUUAUAUCCCUCCAAUGCAUGCGGAAGGUGAAGAGCACGGCGGCUUACGGCGGAGAUCUUCUUUUGGCAAGAGAAUUGACCACUUCAUGCAGAUGGGUGGACCCAACAGUAUCGACAGAUUUGCAAGGUCGUUCCAAAGAGCUGCAGGAUUUCGUGAGAUCACACCAGUGCGGAGGAACUCAGUAAGCCUCUCAGAACCAGAUCAGGAGGCAGCUCUGGUGGCUCCAGCUAGUCCUGAACAGAGCACAGCAGCCCCGAACAGGUCCCUUCUGAGACAGCAGCUUCAAGACUACGAUUUUGGGGGUCAGAGUGAUUCUGCCGUUUACGAUGAGCGUGCUCCUGGCAACCAGGAGCCGACCGAAGAAUCAGCUCUCCUACCUGUCGAGAGUCGGCAAACGUUCAAAUCCACUACAGGCUCUCUCGUCCCAGGGUCGUUGCUCCCGCAUGAGUUGGGCACAAGCUAUGGGAGUAUCUCCUCCAAGUUGACAGCGUCUGCUCGGCACCGAGCAUCUAUCCUGAUUAUGGAACAGGAGGAAGCUAGCAGGCGAGCACGGGAAGAACCUGAGGCAUUCAAGGAAGAACCUCAUCGACAUCUUGAACGGGAGAUUCUACCUGAUGGUGAGGUCAUGGAGCGGAUAGUAGGCGAGUCAACCGUUCCCAUGACCGUCUUCAACUCGACGAAUGUCUUGAUUGGGGUUGGUAUUCUGGCCCUCCCGCUGGGUAUCAGAUACUCUGGAUGGGUGAUCGGUCUCUCGUUCUUGACUCUUGCGGCCAUCGGUACCUCGUACACGGCUACACUGUUGGCAAAAUGCCUGGACUCAAACACCGGCUCAACUACUUACGGAGACAUCGCUUAUUUGGCGUUUGAUACUUGGGGCAGACACUUUGUUGAAGCAUUGUUCAUAUUGGAGUUGACAGCCGCAAAUGUCGCCCUGAUCAUUCUGUUUGCUGACAGCAUGAAUUCUCUAAUACCUGCUGUCUCUGUGACCGAAUGGAAGGUCCUUAUUGCAAUUGGCCUGAUUCCAUUGAACUUUGUUCCAUUCAAAACCCUGAGUGUCACCAGCGUCAUCGGCAUUUUCUGCUGUCUUGGCAUCAUUAUCAUUGUCUUUGCAGAUGGCCUCAUCAAACCUCGAGCUCCUGGUUCCUUGAGGGAUGUGGCCAAAACAUAUGCAUUCCCCGAAGAUUGGAGAACUGUUCCGCUCAGUCUGGGUCUGUUCAUGGCGCCAUGGGGAGGUCACAGCGUCUUCCCGGCCAUAUACAAGGACAUGCGACAUCCAUAUAAAUACGGGCGAGCUUUGAAGUACACCUACUUCUUCACCUACGGCCUCGACUUGUCUAUGGCUGUGCUCGGUUACCUCAUGUUUGGCGACAAGGUGCGGGAUGAAGUGACCUCUAACAUCCUCCGCUCGACUGCUUACCCUCACACCCUAUCUGUCAUCAUUGUCGUUCUUAUCGCGAUCAUCCCCAUUACCAAGAUCCCGCUUUCAAACCGGCCCGUAAUGGACACGCUCAACAAAAAGUUUUACAUCGACCUUCGCCAGAUGGAUCCCAAGGCGCGUGCAUACAGUGAACGGUCACUCAAGCACCGUGCUGCACGGGGUCUCAUCGGUAUCAUAGCCAACGUUAUCCAACUCGGCAUCGCCAUUGGAUUUCCCGACUUUGACAGCAUUAUGGCCCUCAUGGGUUCGGCUUUGUGUUUUACCAUUUGCAUCAUACUGCCUGUCAGCUUUUAUCUGGUGAUUUUCAGCUCCGAGGGCAAAGAGAUCGGGUUGGCAGAGAAGAUCCUUGAUUGGGUUUUACUGGUUGUUUGCAUUUCCCUGGCGGUGUUAGGGACUGUAUUUGCUAUUCUGCCCAAGAAAAAGAUUGGGGCUUCGGUUUGA